UGAAAGGGCCGAAUGUUUAUUUUUCUCUGCAGGUACCCUUUAUUAUUGUUUUCCUGACAGACUGAAUGCCCAAGACGCCAGGGGACGCUAUAGACGCUCAACCUAACAAUCUUUCUGGAAUUCAACCGAAGAAGAAGUAGUAGUAGCGGUAGGAGAAUCUACCCAUAGUGCCAUGCAGCUUUAGGAAUGAAUGAUGGCAACAAAUACACUAGCAAAUAUCCCAAACUUUGAUUGUCCCUCGUGGGCAGGUAAACCUCCACCAGGGCUGCAUUUGGACGUGGUAAAAGGAGACAAACUGAUUGAGAAACUCAUCAUCGAUGAAAAAAAGUUCUACUUGUUUGGGAGAAACCCAGACCUUUGUGACUUCACCAUUGAUCAUCAGUCAUGUUCUCGUGUCCAUGCUGCACUCGUCUACCACAAACACCUAAAGAGGCUUUUUCUCAUUGACCUCAACAGCACACAUGGCACGUUUCUUGGACACAUUCGUCUUGAGCCCCAUAAACCUCAGCAGGUUCCGAUUGACUCCACUGUGUCUUUUGGUGCGUCAACACGUGUCUACACCAUCCGGGAGAAACCUCAGACCCAGACGAAUGUGAGUGCAGGAGACAAAACAGGAGAUGAUGAGGAACUGAAAGGAUUGCUGGGUCUUCCUGAGGAGGAGACUGAGCUGGAGAACUUGACUGAGUUCAACACUGCACACAAUAAGCGCAUCUCCACUCUGACCAUAGAGGAGGGCAAUCUAGAUAUCCAGAGGCCCAAGAGGAGGAGAAAAAGUUCCAGAGUGAGCUUCAGUGAAGAUGAGGAGAUAAUCAAUCCAGAGGAUGUUGACCCCUCUGUUGGACGCUUCCGAAACAUGGUGCAGACUGCUGUUGUUCCUUUAAAGAAGAAAAAAAUGGAGAGUGGCAGUGUUUUAGGGAUUGAAGAUACUGUCACACAUCAUGUACACAUUCUCCCCUUGAAAGGUGGGCUUUAUGGAGAUCUCCCACCUGUUGUCCAUGAGGCUCAUGCUGGAGGGGGCACCAUGCUGGGUGGACUCCCUCUACCAAACCCUGCUCCAGAGGUGGACCUGGCCCCACAGCCUUCUCUGCCACCUGUUACACUCAAUCCCACUCCUGUCUCAGGCCCCUAUGUUUCAGAGGGGCUCAGCGAACCCCGCAAAAAGAAGUAUGCCAAGGAGGCAUGGCCUGGCAAAAAGCCCACUCCAUCUUUACUUCUCUAGCUGCUGGUUACCCUGGACAAUGACAGUCUCUUGACAGCAGGGUUACUCAUGAUUUUAUGGAUAACUGUGAUUUUUACUUAUCUUUCUCUUUAUAUCAGUGGCUUAAAAGACAUUCCGUUGUGGCAAGGCUCUGGAAAGUAAAAACAAUUGGGACGUCUGGGAUAUGAAAUGAUUUAUUCAACGCAUGAUGUAGGAAGUGAUUCUUCAAACUCUGUAAUGCUCAACGUUAGACGCUAGAUGGCAGCAGGACCGUAUGAGACAAUGCAUUGUGGUUCUUAAGAGCUUUACAAUAAUGUCCUCUCCUGCUGAUCAUGUCUAACAUUUUUACAAGAACCUUGCAGAGAUAUUCUUUGUUUUACAUAUGUAAUGUUUUCUGGUAUAUUUUUGCUUUUAUAUCUCAAAAACAGUCAGUAAACCUUGACCUUUA